AUGAAGAUUAAGUUUUCCGUUUAUUUGGCCCUACUGGGUCAAAGCUCGGCAUGGAGCUACACUCCCAGCUCCAAAUAUGCUGCAAAUAUUAAGAUCAAUGCUCACCAGACAUACCAAACCAUGAUUGGAGGCGGUUGCUCUGGAGCUUUUGGGGUCGCAUGCCAGCAAUUCGGGUCUUCAGGUCUAUCGCCAGAUAAUCAACAGAGGGUGACACAGAUUCUUUUUGAUGAAAACAUCGGCGGCCUCUCAAUCGUGCGAAACGAUAUUGGUUCAUCCCCAGGAACCACCAUUCUUCCAACAUGCCCGGCAACGCCGCAGGGCAAGUUCAAUUACGUCUGGGAUGGAAGUGAUAACUGUCAAUUCAAUCUCACAAAAACGGCCCUCAAAUAUAAUCCAGAACUUUACGUCUAUGCCGAUGCUUGGUCUGCCCCUGGUUGCAUGAAGACUGUGGGAACAGAGAACCUUGGUGGGCAAAUCUGUGGCGUACGAGGUACCAAUUGCGAUCAUGAUUGGCGUCAAGCUUACGCAGAUUAUCUCGUCCAAUAUGUCAGAUUCUAUAAGGAAGAAGGCAUUGAUAUCUCGCUUUUGGGUGCUUGGAAUGAGCCUGAUUUCAACCCUUUUACUUAUGAGAGUAUGCUAUCAGACGGAUACCAAGCCAAAGAUUUCCUAGAGGUCCUAUAUCCUACGCUGAAGAAAGCUUUUCCAAAAGUCGAUGUCAGCUGUUGCGAUGCUACCGGCGCACGACAAGAGAGAAACAUUCUUUAUGAGCUACAGCAAGCGGGCGGUGAAAAAUACUUCGAUAUUGCGACGUGGCACAAUUAUCAGAGCAACCCUGAGCGCCCAUUUAAUUCCGGCGGAAAACCGAAUAUCCAGACCGAAUGGGCCGAUGGCACGGGUCCAUGGAAUAGUACCUGGGAUUAUAGCGGCCAGCUUGCCGAUACCUCGGGAUACACUCACUGGUGGUGUGUGCAAGACACAACCGGCGAUAAUGCUCUCAUUCGACUUCGCGGUAACAAUUACGAAGUGUCAUCUCGGCUCUGGGCCUUUGCUCAAUAUUUCCGAUUCGCCAGACCAGGUUCUGUGCGCGUUGAUGCCACAAGUGACGUGGAAAAUGUCUACGUUACGGCGUACGUGAACAAGAAUGGUACAGUCGCUAUACCUGUUAUCAAUGCCGCUCAUUUCCCGUAUGAUUUGACCAUCAACUUGGAGGGAAUUAAAAAGAGAAAGUUGAGCGAGUAUUUAACCGACAAUACUCAUAAUGUCACUUUACAGAGCCGGUACAAGAUUAGCGGCAGCAGUCUCAAGGUGACAGUUGAGCCUAGAGCCAUGAAGACAUUCUGGCUCGAGUAA